AUGAUUAACAAGCAUUUCUUUGCAGUUGUGUUGGUGCUCUUGGCCUCCUCUACUCUCUUCUCCCUCGAACUGAAACUGGCUGUCUUCCAACAAAGAGUAAACAGAGAGAGUUUAAAACUGUUGAAUAAAUUCCCAAAAUCGUCAGUUCAGCCGUGUCUGCCACACAGGACAAACUUCCUUCCCCAGCAGUCUGUGAAUCGUCGCCGGUCCCAGAGUGGACAGGCCCUGGCCAUUCUGCAUGAGAUGCUUCUGCAGACCUUCAACCUCUUCAGGGCAGGUAUUUCUCUGGAUGGUUGGGAGGAGCCAUGUGGAGUUUUCCUCAGUGAACUUCAUCAACAGCUGGAAUACCUAGGGGCCCUCAGAGGCCUGGGAGCAGAGCAGAACAGUGGUGUCUUGAGUGGUGGGACCCCUAGGUUGCAGGUUAAAAAGUACUUCCGGAGGAUCCACAAUUACCUGGAAAACCAGGAGUACAGCAGCUGCGCCUGGACCAUUGUUCGAGUAGAAAUCAACCGGUGUCUGUUCUUUGCAUUCCAGCUGGUAAGAAAGCUAAGCAAACAAGAAACAGAUUCCUUCCAAGUGGAGCAAGAGCCAUCUCCAGGCUUUAAAAGCAUAGGGUAG